AUGGCGAACGACAGCAGAAUUAUUGUAACUAAUCUAAUAUCUAUCUUUGCAGCUUCUCUCCCAGGCACAGAAGCCGCUCAUCAAUUAGUUGUCUGCGUCCGUAAUAAAUGUACGCCUGAAGAAGCGUUGAAUGUGCUUCGUGAACUACCGAAUCCUCUACGCGAGGGUGACGCCAACGCCGCUCACACAGCCUACAACCCUCUCAAGAUUGACGUAUUUGUUCAAACACUGCUGAACCUCGGCAGCAAGAGCAUCUCACAUAGUUUCGCCGCUAUAUCUAAAUUCCAUUACGUAUUCAAGAUUCUAGCUGAAUCAGAAGAAGCUCAGAUAUGUGUUCUUCGCAAUGUUUGGGAGUUAUGGCAGAGGCACAGUCAGAUGGUGUGCGUUUUGGUCGAUAAAAUGUUGAAGACUCAGAUCGUCGAAUGCAGCGCUGUGGCUACAUGGCUGUUCUCAAAGGAAAUGGCUCCAUACUUCACUCACGGAUAUCUAUGGGAGAUAUUACAUCUCACUAUAGAUAAGAUGAACAAACACGUGUCCAAAUUGAGUAAGGAAUUACAAGAAGCAAGGGAGGCGUUGGCCAGAGCUGAUUCAAGCAGUUCAGAAUCAGAAGACGAAAGUGGCAGUAAGAAGAAGAAAGAUCAAGAUAAACCAACGGAAGAAGCGGUAGAGCGUAUGGAAGAACGCCUAGAAAUGGCUCACACGGAUCAAAAGCGUCUGUUCCUGAUCGUAUUCCAGCGGUUCAUAAUGAUCCUGUCUGAACACCUGGUGCGAGCCGACACAGACGCCAGGGACCCUCACACACACUGGUACAGGGCCACGCUAGCCAGGCUUCGGCAGGUCUUCCUACUUCAUCACGAACAAGUGCAGAAGUACAGCAGUACGUUGGAAACGCUGUUAUUCACUCAAGACCUGGACCCACAUAUUUUAGACGUCUUCCAUCAAUUCGUAGCACUAACAGCAUAA